AUGGCCGAAGAAGCGGUCGCUCCUGUAGCUGUGCCUACAACCCAGGAACAGCCAACCCCUCAACCUGCUCCGGCACAGGUCACGACUGUCACGUCGCCUUCAGUGACUGCCACCGCGGCGGCUGCAACAGCUGCUGUCGCCAGUCCUCAAGCUAAUGGCAAUGCUGCCUCUCCUGUCGCGGCGACCUCAUCAGCAGCCUCUCGUCCAUCUGAGGAACUCACUUGCAUGUGGCAAGGUUGCUCUGAGAAGCUCCCCACUCCAGAAUCUUUAUACGAACACGUCUGCGAGCGUCACGUUGGCCGGAAGAGCACAAACAACCUCAACUUGACUUGUCAAUGGGGCAGCUGUCGUACCACCACUGUGAAACGCGAUCAUAUCACUUCCCAUAUCCGGGUCCACGUUCCUCUCAAGCCGCACAAGUGUGAUUUCUGUGGAAAGGCAUUCAAGCGUCCCCAAGAUCUGAAGAAGCAUGUCAAGACGCACGCUGACGACUCUGUCUUGGUACGGUCGCCGGAGCCUGGCUCUCGGAACCCAGAUAUGAUGUUUGGAGGAGGCGCCAAGGGUUAUGCUGCUGCAGCACACUAUUUUGAGCCCGCUCUCAACCCUGUUCCCAGCCAGGGCUACGCUCAUGGACCUCCUCAGUAUUACCAGGCUCACCACGCUCCUCAGCCAUCUAACGCUUCUUAUGGCAACGUCUACUAUGCUUUGAACACCGGCCCUGAGCCUCAUCAAGCAUCGUACGAGAACAAGAAGCGGGGAUAUGAUGCGCUCAAUGAGUUCUUUGGUGACCUCAAGCGUCGGCAAUUUGACCCCAACUCCUACGCUGCUGUGGGCCAGCGCCUGCUCAGUCUGCAAAACCUGUCUCUGCCUGUCUUGACGGCCGCACCUCUAGCUGAGUACCAGCCAAUGCCCGCUCCUGUGGCUGUCGCUGGUGGUCCUUAUGCCAGCGGGCCUCAUCCUGCACCGGCAUACCAUCUUCCACCAAUGAGCAACGUCCGAACCAAGAGUGAUCUGAUCAACAUUGAUCAGUUCCUGCAGCAAAUGCAAGACACCAUUUACGAGAACGACGACAAUGUCGCUGCAGCUGGCGUCGCCCAGCCUGGUGCUCACUACAUCCACAACGGCAUGAGCUACCGCACUACUCACUCGCCCCCGACACAACUUCCCUCCGCCCAUGCCACAGCUCACACUGCUGGCCCCAUUCUCACAAACACAUCCGCACACUCCCCUUCGGCCAGCACUCCUGCAUUGACACCUCCCUCAAGUGCUCAGUCAUACACUUCAGGUCGCUCUCCUAUUUCACUGCCGUCCGCUCACCGCGUUUCUCCACCACAUGAAAGCGGUCCCAGCAUGUACCCUCGUCUGCCUUCAGCGACUGAUGCUAUGGCUGCUGGUUACCCAGCGGCGUCAAGUGCUGCCCCGCCUUCCACCCUCGGCGGCAUCUUUGACAGUGAUGAGCGUCGUAGGUACACUGGAGGAACACUGCAGCGAGCGCGUCCUGUGUCCCGCGCUGCCUCAGAGGCGAUGGACCUCUCCAGCGAUGACAAGGAAUCUGGAGAGCGAACUCCUAAGCAGAUCUCCGCCAGUCUGAUCGACCCGGCUCUGCACGGUGGAUCUCCUAAUGAGGAUGAUGUAACCCGGACUGCCAAGGCUGCAACUGAGGUGGCCGAGCGGUCGGAUGUCCAAUCGGAGUGGGUCGAGAAAGUUAGACUGAUCGAGUACCUGCGUAACUACAUCGCCCACCGCCUGGAGCAGGGUGAGUUCAAUGAUGAGAUGGAGCAGGACAAUGCUUCACGCUCGCCAGUGUCCAAGGUGGAUGACGACAUGGAGGGCGUCGAGAGCCACUCUCUUCCUCGCUCACCGCGCACGGUUCCAAUCAAGACUGACAAUGAGACUGCUGAGGAUACUGUUAUGUAUCCCACGUUGCGGGGGUUGGAUGAGGAUGGAGACUCUAAAAUGCCUAGCUGA